AUGAAGCGGAAGAGCUGGGCCGAAGCCCGGCGCCGCUCCAGCCCGCCGCCGGCUCUGAAGAGAACUCGGAGCGCAGCGUCGAGGGCGGCGGGGGGUGAGGAGCAGGACGAGGAGCGGCGCCAGACGCCCUCCACCGCCGCGCCCGAGACCUGCGUGCAGAUCACCGAUCGCCUUUUUUUCGCAAUUCUCUGCCAAAAACCAAAGAGUGGAGCUGCAGAUACCCAUUAUUUCUGCGUAGACAAUGAACUUGUGUAUGCAAACUUCUAUAGAGAUUUUGGACCACUAAAUCUGGCAAUGGUCUACAAAUACUGCUGCAAACUAAACAAGAAAUUAAAGUCAUUUUCAUUGAUAAAGAAGAAAAUAAUUCAUUAUACUGGCUUUGAUCGAAAAAAGCAAGCAAAUGCUGCGUUUCUCAUAGGCUCCUACGCAAUAAUAUAUCUGAAAGAAUCACCAGAAGAUGCAUACAAGCUUGUUUUGGCUGGCAGUGUUUCGUAUCUUCCUUUCAGGGAUGCUUCAUUUGGUACUUGCAGUUUUCAUCUAACUUUGCUGGAUUGUUUUCAUGCAAUAAACAAGGCUUUGCAGUAUGGUUUUCUGGAUUUUGAUGAAUUUGAUGUAAAUGAAUAUGAGCAUUAUGAGAGAGCAGAAAAUGGAGAUUUUAACUGGAUAAUACCAAACAAAUUCAUUGCCUUCAGUGGACCUCAUUCAAGAAGUAAAAUUGAAAAUGGCUAUCCCCAUCUUGCUCCAGAAGCUUAUUUCCCAUAUUUCAGGAAACAUAAGGUCACCACUAUAAUACGCCUCAACAAAAAAAUGUAUGAUGCCAGACGUUUUACGGAUGCUGGAUUUGAGCAUUUUGACCUCUUCUUUGCUGAUGGAAGCAUACCUAAUGAUACCAUCGUUAAAGCAUUUCUAAGUAUUUGUGAAAAUGCUGAAGGUGUUGUAGCCGUUCAUUGCAAAGCUGGUCUUGGGCGAACUGGCACACUUAUUGCCUGUUAUAUUAUGAAGCAUUAUCGAAUGACAGCUGCUGAAACUAUUGCCUGGAUUAGGAUAAACAGACCAGGUUCAGUGAUCGGACCACAACAGCAUUUCCUAAUGAAGAAACAGCCAGAACUUUGGAGAGAAGGAGAUCUUUUCCAUCAAAAGUUGAGACGGAACUGUAAAAUGGGUGUAACAAGAAUCGUGUCAGGAGUAGGUCAUAUUUCAAUUAAUGGUAUUAGAAACAGGAGGACAAUCCAAAACGACACUGAACUGUACAGUGAUGAAGAUGAAACAGACAGUAUAACGCAAGGUGAUAAGCUUCGUGCUUUGAAAAGUAAAAGGCAGGCAAAAUCUACAACUGCAUCUCCACAAAAAUGGCUCCUAGCUAUGCUGGUGUCUACACUGUGUAGCAUUGUCAUCUGGUGGAUUGUAUGUGGCUCCCUUCUUCCCAGCCUGCUAUUCUGUCUAGAUGGUUUAAGAAAAUAGUAACCAUCAGGACCCCCUGAGAGAGAGCCACUGUCAGCCAGUCCACCACAAGAACUAGAACAGUAUUGCGUUAAAAUUUCAAAUUGGCAAGCAGUGUUGAAAGGGGAUAUCCAGGCAUGAAGGGGAUACAACUUGAAGACACUUGAUUGCAGUUCUAGGAAGAUGUCUUUGGCUCCACUUAAGCAGAAGAAACUCAUUCAUACUUGUAAAAUAAAACUGGCAACAUGCUUGGCAUACAGUUUCUUAAUUACUAAUACUUCCUCAAGCAAAACCAACAAAAUAGUGUAAAUUCAGACUCAGGUGUAAAUACUUGAGCUCUCUAUUGUAAAGAGGGCUCCCUACCAUAUAUGAUGCAUGUGCAUAAAAUGUGAUGGCAAUCACAGCUGCUGACCACCAGAAGUGAGAAAAUGGUGGGAGUUUUUAAUAUGUAAAUCUGUGUUGUUCAUUCAGACUGGACUUAGGUCUCCACUUGAGACUGAAACUCUACCACGGAGGUUUUUUACUUAUAGGAUUGGUACUCUCUUGUGUUAACUGGCUAUUCUUUCUUAUUUUAUAUGAAUUUUUUUUUAUGAAGUCCUGGUGUUGAGAACAAAGUAAAUAUUGUCCACCAAAGAGUGCUUUAUUUUCAAAGACUGUGAUUUUUUUUAAUUUUAAUUUUGGGGGGAAAAAAAAAAAAAAAAAGCCAACAGAAAGCAAUUAUCUUGUUUUUAAUAGCGAUAGAUUUUCAGUUGUUCCCAACCACUGGCUCUUUUAUCUAUUUGUAAUUGCUUUAAAUCCAGUAUGAUUGUAAGAAGGAGGAAAAACAUUUAAAGCAGUGAAAUGUCAUUACUCUUUCUUUUCAUAUCAUCACAUCUUUUAGAUGAAUCUUUAGAUUACCAGUUGGGUAUGGGCAAUUGGGUAUGGUUGGCCUUCUGGGCUUCAAGAGCACAGUGUUGUCUCAUGUUCAGCUUGCCACCCACCAGUACCUCCAAGUCAUUUUUGGCUGGGAAUUUUAGCAACAGAAUAACUUAAGUUUUUAAAAGAUCCAGAUUAUAUUUGCAAGGGGGAGGAUUUUCUUUCUAUGAAGAAAGGAUUCUUUUCAAAUGAAAGGAAGUGUUCUGUUACACCAGUGGUUUCUCAGUGCCACUAUGAAUAACCACACAUGGGUUUGAAUACAUUUUGUUGGCUAAAGAAGAGCAUUGUGAGUUGGAGAGUAUGCAGAAUGUAAAAUGUAUGGUGACAUCUGUGAGUGUAAAUUUAUAUAUAUAUGUAUGUAUGUAUGUAUACUUCAGAUUUGCAAAUAUGAGCACAAAAUAGGUUUGUAUGGUGCAAGAUAAGGAGCACUGAGGCUUAUACCCUGUUUUUUUUUUUUGUUUGUUUGUUUUCCAAUUAAUUUUCACAAUCUCUUUCACUCUCUUCUAAGUGAAAACCACCCAAAAAAUGGGACAGAACUCACCCCAAUAGUGAUAAAAAUUUUAUUACCUUUUUUUUUUUUUUUUUUUUACUUUUUUGACCUCCUUCACCAAAAUGGCAAUAGAUGGUGUGUUGUGCAAAAAUUAAUCUCUUUAUUUUUGAAGAAAAUUUCCAUCUUGAAAAUUUUAUGAGUGAACUUACUUGCAAAUCUUAAAAGGCAGGAGGGAAAGGAUGAAACUAAUGAGAUGUAAGGAUGAGAGUUAAAACAAGUAAGAUCUAUUGAUAAUGUUUUGGCCUUACUGUUCUCUUAGCUGAACUUCUUGAUCUAAAAUUUAUCAGCAUAUUCCACAGCCCUUCAAAAUUCUGAGUUGGAAUUUCCGUUUUUUAAAGUAAUCAGCAAAGCAGUUAGUACUCAGAAGUUAAUCAGAAGCAAGUUUGCAUGAAUUGUACACCGCAUGGCAACUCAAGUUAAACCAAAACUGUUUGUCGUGAAUAUGUUUGAGGCUACCCCAUCCAAAAAUGAGUAUCAUGCUGAGAAACACCAAAGUGUCAGAGUAUCAGAAAUAAACAUGAAAAUUCUCCAAGCAAUCUUAUAUGGUGAAUUAAUCUGUUAGCUUAUUGCAUCUGAUCUAAUUAUAUUGCUUUGUCUGUCCAAGUUUUUAGUAUUUUGUCUUCUAUGUUUACUAUGCCAUACCAAAGCUGUCUUAAGUACAAUUAUGAAGUAGUAGCCAUGGGUGAGGGAGUUUGUGGUUUCCAAGUCUGUUUUGAAAUGUGCAGUACUGUGUGCCAAAAAGGAGCACAUGUAUGACAGCAGUGCAACAGAGCAGCUGAAGGAACUUAUUUCUGCUAUUGCCAAUUAGCAGUUUUGGUUAAACUUAAAAAUUCUUUCUACUCUUUCAACAUGCAAGAUGGAUUCUUCUGCGAUCUCUGCAACAUAUUCAAUAGUUGUCUAUCUUAGGUCUAAUUGCUAGCUUCCAUUACAGCAUCAGUAUAGUAAUAGAAGCUAAAUCAGACCAUGUCCUUUUGCCCCAGGACAAUAGAAAAAGUGCUGCUUUAAAAAAAAAUAAAAAAAAAUUAAAAAAAAAGUAGGUACUCAUGCAUUAAAAUGCGGCGAAGAAAAAGUUACAUUCACUGAUUUGUUGCACUGCAGUUUUUAUAUUAGUAGUUUGCAGACUGUGUCUUGUGUAACUUGUGUACAGACUAUCAAGAUCUAGAAGUCUUCGACUAAUGAGCACUGUUCAUCUUGAUUAUUUCUAAAUUGUAUAUUUCUAAUCAUAUUUUUUUAACUUGGAUUGAUAGAAUGGGAAUUUAUUUUGCUGGAGGUAUUUUUAAGAUAAAGCUUCAUAUUAUCUUGUAAUAUCAAAUAGCUCAAUAUGCAUUUGUGUCUCAUUUGAAAAUAGUGCAUAUUGUAUUUGGUUUUAUACAAAAUAUUGAAUAGUGAGAAUUGUAAACAUGAAUUACGUAAAAUUAAAAAUAAUAAUCAGAA